AGGCAAACAAGACCAAAUGGCCUACACGGUCACACGGAGUUAUACGGACCAGGUUCGGCCGUUCUGCCAAUAUGCUGCAACCCAACGGUUUCUUCCAACAUUAACCCCCAGCGGGCAGCGGCCGCGCACUCCCUCAGUCCCUCCCCGCUCACCACCAGUCACCAACGCCCACCGGGCCUCGUCCCUCGUGGCGGCAACUGGGCGGCCGUCGCUGCCGCCCUACGCCAGGUGCCGAGGCGACCUUCAGGCCCUUGGCUGGCGACGAGCACCAGUGCACCACCAGUUACGCCCACCCCCUGUCUUCCCUUCCUGCUGUUCGAAGCCGUCUACCCAAACCCUAACUUAGUAUUUAUACUCGGAUCUGAUCUAAUUGCAAGUGUAUAUGGCUACUAACUUCGAUUGUGUUGCAAAAAAUAUCCGUUGAGGGGACGAGCAUUUCGGCUUCCAUUUUCAUCUAGCACUUGUGAUGUUUACUGAAUUUCUACUGCAGAUACUCUGAGCCUGGCUGCCGAAAGUGCCUUUUGGGGUUCUUGUAAUCUUGUUACAUUAGGAUUCAUUUUUGAUGACUUCAUCAAGAAGCAAGAGCAAGAGCAGAAGUAGGAGCCGCAGUCGCAGCAGGAGCAGGAGCCGCAGUCCUCGGCGAAGAGAUAGGUUGCGCAGUGAACGUGCACCCCACCGCAGUCGUAGCCGGAGCCGCAGCCCAUACCGUCGCAGAGAACGACGUGGUCACAGGGAUUUUGCAUGCAAGAACUGCCGGAGACCUGGGCACUUCGCUAAGGAGUGUCCAUCUGCACCUAUGUGCAAUAACUGUAACCUUCCAGGCCACUUUGCAGCAGAAUGCACCUUACAAACUGUUUGCUGGAACUGCAAAGAGUCUGGGCACAUUGCCAGUGAGUGCAAGAACGAGGCCCUAUGCCACGCCUGCAACAAGACAGGUCACUUGGCACGUGACUGCCCUACUUCAGGUGCUAACGUCAAGCUAUGCAACAAAUGCUUUAAAUCAGGCCACAUCGCCGUUGACUGCACCAACGAACGGGCCUGCAACAACUGCCGUCAGCCAGGGCACAUAGCUCGGGAGUGCAAGAACGACCCGGUCUGCAACCUGUGCAAUGUCUCCGGCCACGUCGCGCGCGUCUGCCCAAAGACGACUCUGGCUUCAGUGAUACAGGGCGGCCCGUUCCGAGAUAUCCUGUGCCGCAUCUGCGGUCAGCCGGGGCACAUCAGCCGCAACUGCAUGGCGACCAUCAUCUGCGACACAUGCGGUGGGAGGGGGCACAUGUCUUAUGAGUGCCCAUCGGCAAGAAUAUUCGGGCUCCGCAGGCUCUGAAGAUCUUUUCGCCAAGGGCUCCGCUUUGUUCUGAUGGCUGAGUUUCGCCAGGAUGUUUCAUUUGUUUCUGACAGUAUUGGAACAGUUUUCCUUCUGCCGUUGUAGUUGAGGAAUGAUUCUGUAGGAUGUGUUGCGGGUGAAAACUCCUUUUUUCCCCCUUUUAAUCAGGAUAGCCCUUUGUGGGCUCAAACAUUGCUGUAACGGCUCGUGUGAAAAUUGCCAGGUCAUGAUUUAACUCUUGUGCUCGUGCUCUGCUGUGUCUUUUGAACGCUUGUUUUGUGUA